UGUUGCAGCAGACUCUCUGAGGACGUGUGUGUGUGUGUGUUUGUAGUUUGUUCGUUUCUUCACUUUUUCUGCCGCCGCUGCUCCCUGCAAACACGCCGCCUUGUCUGUCGGAUAUAUUUAUUCUUCGAAGUUAAACCUGUUUUUGGGACUUUUUUUGUAUGUGGUGAGCUCGAAGUGGAAAUAAAAGAGAGCAAGACUCAAAGGAGAAGAAGGAGAAGAAAAACACCCAAACCUGGAGGAGGAAAAGGGCGUUCAUACUUCGAAGUAACCAUGGAAGUUCCUGGUAUGCAGAGCUCUCAGAUUGAUCCGGAGGAGUUGUUCACUAAGUUGGAUCGAAUUGGAAAAGGAUCGUUUGGAGAGGUGUUUAAAGGCAUCGAUAAUCGCACUCAGAGCGUUGUUGCCAUAAAGACCAUUGACCUGGAAGAGGCUGAGGAUGAGAUCGAGGAUAUCCAGCAGGAGAUCACAGUUCUCAGUCAGUGCGACAGUCCUUACAUCACCAAGUACUACGGCUCCUACCUGAAGGGCAGUAAACUGUGGAUCAUCAUGGAGUAUCUUGGUGGAGGUUCAGCGCUCGACUUGCUGAGGGCAGGUCCGUUCGAUGAGUCUCAGAUUGCCACCAUGUUGAAGGAGAUCCUGAAGGGGCUCGACUACCUGCACUCUGAGAAGAAGAUCCACAGAGACAUCAAAGCUGCCAACGUCCUGCUGUCAGAGCACGGUCAGGUGAAGCUGGCGGACUUCGGAGUGGCCGGUCAGCUGACGGACACGCAGAUCAAGAGGGAAACGUUCGUGGGAACGCCUUUCUGGAUGGCUCCUGAGGUCAUCCAGCAGUCCGCCUACGACUCCAAGGCCGACAUUUGGUCGCUGGGCAUCACCGCCAUCGAGCUCGCCAAGGGCGAACCUCCGAACUCGGACAUGCAUCCGAUGCGAGUUCUCUUCCACAUCCCCAAAUCUCCGCCCCCGACGCUGAACGGAGAUUUCUCCAAGAGCUUCAAAGAGUUCACAGAGGCCUGUCUCAACAAGGACCCUGCCUUCCGUCCCACAGCCAAGGAGCUCCUCAAACACAAGUUCAUCGUCAAACACUGUAAGAAGACGUCCUACCUCAGUGAGCUGAUUGACAGGUACAGGAGGUGGAAGGAGGAGGGGCACAGCGACAGCAGCUCUGAGGACUCUGACAGUGAGUCCAGUAACAAAGAGAACAAUGAGUCUCCUGAGUGGUCCUUCACCACUGUUCGGAAGAAGAAGACGGAGGGCAGGAAGGUUCUCAAUGGAACGGUUCAGGAUCAGCUGAGUAAAUCUGCCAGUCUGACCACAGUCAUCUCUCCUGUCUUCACCGAGUUGAAGCAGCAGCAUAAGGAGCACUCUGAGCAGCGCUUGGCCAUUGAGGAGCUGGAACGCAACAUCCGGUUGGCUGAAGAGGUCUGUCCAGGUAUCACGGACAGGAUGGUCACGCACAUCAUUGCCAGGUACCAGAAAUUCACGACCAACUGAAGGACAAAGGAUGGACACAUGGAGAGAGGACGGUAUAAAAGGAGGACAGACUGUGUAUCCGGUGACGCUGCUGGAUGAUUGGAAUCAGAGGACAUUUGCUGUGCGAUGUCUCCUCGCUGUACACACACACACACACUCUCACACAACCACACACACACACUACUAAUGUAAUAUAUACACUAUAUAUUAAAUAUAUAUAUAUAUAUUUUCACUGCUGCUGGUUGAAGACCUUCCUCCCCUGACUGGAUUUGAAAGCUGCACUUUGGAAAGAAGAAACAACUUUUUCCUCAAUUUCAAUCACGUCUUGAGCUUAAGUUUUGAAUUCGGUUGAAAUAAAACAAACCAUUUCGUGACCUAAUUCAAGCUUAAGUCCGUAAGUCGUCUUCCUAAACGCUCUAAAUUACCAUCACGUGCCUUAAUUCUUCUCUCAAUCAGUCGUUUAAUCAGAAAAGACGUUCACUUUUCUUAAUGAUGCAAAAUACAUAGGAGAGGGCUCUCGCCAUCAGCAGUGGGAUGUUCUGUGUCACGGCUUGCCUUGACCUUGUAUAUUUCUAUAUGUUUGUUGAGUAGCACUUGAGACAAAUAAUAUGCCAAUAUUGCAUUUGUUUUGAUGUCUUCAGUAAUGCUUUUCAAUUACAGUUCCCUGAUCCUGGGUUUCAGUCCAGCUCUGUCCUUCAGAGAUGUAUUCCACCACUGAAACUAUUCUGAGGACAAAAAGAAAAAAAAAAAAAAAAGAGUCUAAUGAGUCGGUAGAAAUGGUGAAAUCUAGACGCUGAUUUGGGUGAAGACGUUUGUUUUUGGUUAAAUUAAAAUUUCUGUGAUGAAAGAUCUUCUUCCACACGCUCAUUAAAAAUCCCUUUUUCAGUAUCCAUCAAGUUUGCGUCUGAAUGUUGAUGUGCUUUCGACAUCAUUCUUGAUGUGUUAGGAUGUUGUUUUCAUUACCUGACAUUGGAAAAUGGCACAGGUCGGAACUGUAAUCAAAGGUAUUACUGACAGUUUGUACCAAAGACACUAUAAAACUUGGUCAUUGUAUAUUUUUGUCUUUUUUUUAUAUAUCAUAAGGGAUACGAUACGAUGCUUGUUGAGGGGGGGAAAUGUAAAAUGAAAGAUGUAAGAUUUUACAAUAAUGUUUUUUUUUUGUAGCGGGACUUAGAGUUUUAUGAAUAAAUAUUUAAGUUUGAUUGAGAAACUUGUUUUUCAUCAGUUUCUUUACUUUUGUGAGAUUUCUCUGAAGGGAAAGUCACAAGAAAGAUGUAUAACCUUUA